UAAUUAAACUGAUCAGGCCGGAUCCAUAUGCAGAUUGAAUAAGCUUCCUGGCCACGUGUGCCCAGCUGCGUGUCCCCGAUCGAGGCCCUAACUGGCUAGCCAAACAAAACCACCGCGUCGCUCUGUGUAUAUAAGCCCGAUCAGAUUGUGUUGUGUUAGUCGAGGGCACUCGCACAGGCAGGCACGCACAGCUAGCUCCUGAUCGUCGCUUCCUCGUGCGUGCCGUGGGACGCCAGCGAGUUUGAACUCUGCACAGCUCGGGAGCCAGCCUGCCAGCCAUGCCGGCCUUCGCGGGGAGCGCGGCUGAGCCGCCGCUGGCCGACAGCUACCACGCGCUGCUCCACCUCCGCGGAUGCGCGUGCACGACAGUGCCGGCGCCGUCGGAGGUCCCGCUAUACGUGUCAGAGUGCGAGCUCCCGAUGAUCGACGUGGGGUGCCUGACGACCGGCACCGGGGGCGCGGAGAAGCGGGCGGCAUGCGCGGCGGCCAUCGCCCGUGCCGCCGAGGAGUGGGGCUUCUUCCAGGUGCGCAACCACGGCGUGCGGCAGGAGCUCCUGGAGGAGAUGCGCCGCGAGCAGGCGCGGCUGUUCCGCCUGCCGUUCGAGGCCAAGGCCACGGCAGGCCUGCUCGACGACUCCUACCGCUGGGGCACCCCGACCGCGACGACGCCGCAGCAGUUGUCCUGGUCCGAGGCGUUCCACUUCCCGCUCGCCGGCAUCUCCGGCAACAGCUGCAACUUCGGCGAGCUCACCACCCUGAGGGAUGUGACGCGGGAGGUGGCAGGCGCGAUGUCGAAGCUGGCCAGCACGCUGUCGCGCGUCCUGGCCGAGACCCUGCUGGGGCACCCCGCCGGCGAGCGGUUCCCGGAAGGGUGCGACGAGACGACGUGCUUCCUCCGGCUGAACCGGUACCCGCCGUGCCCCUUCUCCCCCGACGCAUUCGGCCUGGUACCGCACACGGACAGCGACUUCCUCACCGUGCUCUGCCAGGACCAGGUCGGUGGCCUGCAGCUCCUGAAGGGCGACAGGUGGGUGGCCGUCAAGCCCAUACCCGGCGCCCUCAUCGUCAACAUCGGGGACCUCUUCCAGGCAUGGAGCAAUAACAGGUACAGGAGCGUGGAGCACAAGGUGACGACCAACGCGACGACGGAGAGGUACUCCGUUGCCUACUUCCUUUGCCCGUCCUACGAUUCGCCAAUCGGCACUUGCAAGGAGCCUUCGCCUUACAUGCCAUUCACGUUCGGAGAGUACAGGAGAAAGGUGCAAGAAGAUGCCAAAAGAACCGGGAAAAAGAUUGGGCUCCCGAAUUUUCUCGUAUAGAUUAUUUUGCAUACAUGGACGACCUAUACUUACACACACCCCAUCAUGUCAAUGCAUGUUCCUUUCUGUAUACCAAAAGUGUACGGUCGAGAGUGCAGUGUGAUUGGUACAUCAAUUACUAGUUUGUAGCUUAGCUUGAUGUAGCUAGCUAGCUUACAAGGAAAUAGUAGGAUUGAGAGCGUGCAGGUCGUUACAGUUUAGGGGCUGAUCGUUUGUGUUUUUCCUAUUGAUUGUUUCCCUUGACCUUCGUAUGCUUCUAUACUUUGCUAAAACAUGUUGUAUGUUGAUGAAAGUUUAUAUAUGUUUGUUGGUGUACAAGAAA